AGAAAUCUUCACUUUUCCUUGUUAUGUCAACUUUAAGGCUAGGUUCCCAUCUGUGCGGGUGGUGCCGCUGCGGAUCCGCACGAAAAUCCGUGCAGCCGCACCACCCGCACAGACGAAUGCGGAUCCACGGGCGGGUGCCAUUAGUUCUAAUGGCACGCCACCCGCACUGGAAAACGCAACUAUACUGGGAACCGAGGUUCCCAUGCGGGUUGAAUUUUCCAAAGAAGUGCAGGGACUUCUUCCCUGUGUGGCACGAUAGUCCAUUUAAAUGAAUGGGCUCUCGUGCCUGCGCAAAAUGUGGCCCGCAUGGCCGCAUA